UUGAUUUAUGUAUACUGAUACAAAAAUUUGAAGCUACACACCACUGAGGAUAUAGAUAAAAAAAAGUGUCUAAAAAUAAAUCGGAGAGAAAUGUAUGUAUGUACAACAGUCUGGAGUACAUUGAAGGAGGAAGAGAAAUUUCGUGGACACGCAGCAAUUGAAGAUUUCUCAUGAAAUUUUUUGCGAAAAUGUGUGUUUUAUUGCGCAAAGUGCGAUUUUUUCUCUUCAUUGCGAAUGUGAGGGAGUGUAGUGUUUGUUAGAAUUUUCUCUAAUUGGGAGUUGUUAUCGCAACAGUGUUACGUAUUUAUGUUGCAAAAAGAAAAAUCACUAAAAGAACUUUGAUUGAGAAAUUACUAAUUGAAGUAUUUUGAAGGAUUUUUUUUUUUUGGCAGAGGGAAAUUCUCUUAAAUUUCUUAUCUUGUUGGACGAUUUUAUUAUUCAUCAUCAUAACAUUUAAGUAGAACAUUCAAGCGCGCUGCGACAAUGGGGGAAGAGAGCGUGCUGUGAAGUCUGUAAUCAAGAGAAAAAAGUGGACGUCACACGACAAAUUAAUUCGAGUGAAUAUAAAACGCUUUUGCCUUUUUCUUCUGUAUUAGAGCUGCGGGCACUUUUUUUUAUUUAGAAUGUUUGUGUGCUUCUCAGUGGCGCGAGGAAGAAUGAAAAAGACGUGCUAUUGAAUGCAUUUUAAAAGUUUAUUCAUUGAAGAAAAAAAAAGAAACGUUGUACGUCGAAAGAACGUCUUAUAAAAUGUUGCAUUAUUAAUUAGCAACUCAAUAUUAUAGUUUGAAAUGUAAUGCAAUUCCGUCACUUCCCUUUUUUACUCGUUGCCCCAAAGGUGGUCGGUCACACUAUACACAUAUUCUGAAACAUAUCGUGUGCUGUGGGGAAUUCUGUAUGCGAGUGAGAGGAAAUUAAGUUUUAUCGAUUGAACUCAUUUUUUGGGGAGGCCUCUUUUGUGUGUUUGUCUGUCACUCAACCAACAACACGGGAUUUGCAGAAGAUUCACUCGCGGCACAUGGAGGAUAAUCUUAAUUGCGCACAGAAUAUCGCCAAGUCGGGACGGCAGACAAAACGGAAGUUUCCAGGCGGUGAGGCGGGUCCAUCCGGGAAGAAGGGUCGUCUGAGUGGGGAUGUGGCGGCAAAUGUGAAGCUACCAGCUCAUGGCUAUCCGUUGGAGCAUCCAUUCAACAAGGACGGCUAUCGUUACAUCCUGGCGGAGCCCGAUCCACACGCACCGUUCCGGCAGGAGUUCGAUGAGAGUGCUGAUUGGGCGGGGAAACCAAUCCCCGGAUGGCUCUAUCGCAUCCUCUCACCGAACGCCGUUCUCCUUGCACUGCACGAUCGUGCUCCACAGCUCAAGAUUUCCGAGGACAGGCUCUCAGUUACUGGUGAGAAAGGCUACUGCAUGGUGAGGGCAACACAUUUUGUCAAUCGUGGCGCAUGGUACUGGGAAGCCACAAUUGAGGACAUGCCCGAGGGUUCAGCUGUGCGAUUGGGCUGGGGACAGGACUACGCCAAUCUCCAAGCUCCCCUGGGCUAUGAUAAAUUCGGCUAUUCGUGGCGAUCGCGCAAAGGGACACGUUUCCAUGAAUCCCAUGGGAAGCACUAUAGUCCAGGAUACGGCGAAGGUGACACUCUGGGCUUCCUCAUUGUCCUACCGGAACAGAAUGGGCGCUCCUAUACGCCCAAUACGUACAAAGAUCGUCCACUUGUGAAGUUUAAGAGUCAUCUGUACUACGAGGACAAGGAUAAGAUCAAUGAAACUCUAAAAGGUCUCAAAGCACUGCCUGGAAGCAAGAUUUUCUACUUCAAAAAUGGUGAAUGUCAAGGUGAAGCUUGGACUGACAUCUACGCUGGGAGCUACUAUCCAACCGUGUCGCUGCACAAAAGUGUAACCGUGAGCUUGAAUUUCGGUCCCAACUUCAAGUAUCCACAAAUUGAAGAGACUUACAAAUGCCGUGGGAUGUGCCAUCGUGUGGAGGAUCUCAUCUGUGAGCAGUCCAUGGCAGACAUGCAGUACUUCACCGAGAACGAUGGGAAGCUGCGACUGGAUACGUUUAAUUUAUGAAUUUAGUGGACCUUUUUAGUUGCACCUUUUCAUCCAUUUUCGUUUGCUGCCAUUUUUAUCGCCCAAAUCCACCGAGGCACUUUGGGCUGGGCUCCACCUUGCAUUUGGGGUCCCACUGACUUGGUGUCUUCGUCUCGAGUGAGAGCGCAUGUACGAAGCCUCCAUUAAGUGACGCCUUGACCACAUCAUUCACCAUUCGAUGACGCUGUAAAAAAUUACGUAAAAUUAAAGAUAAUCUCUCUGUGAAA